AUGGAAGAGGCCCCUCUGCUCGGCGGCAUGUCCAGCCCCGAAGACGAGAUGGUGACAGACCUUUUCAGCGCCGAGAGUCAGUUUGUUCCUGAAAACCUUCCCCUGAAAACCCCGGUGGCGGUGAAGAACGAGGAAGACGAGUUCCACGUCUUCAAAGACGCGUACCUGGGCUCCGCGGACCCCAAAGAGCCCCUGCUGCACGCCUUCAACGCCCCGCUCGGCGGGGACUGCAGCGGCAAAGUCAAAGUGGAGCUGCUGGUGGAUGAGAACGAAGAUGAGGAAACGCUCGGGGAGUACCCGAGUCUUCCCAAGCUCAAUCCCCUGGAAGACGCCGUUCUUCCCGCCGCCGGGCAGCCGCACGCCUACAACCUCCACUUCCUGUCCUCCCUGCUGACCCCGCACCGGAGUCCUGCCGUCGGGCCCAGGGAAGGAGCCGCCCACCCCGGCGUCCGCGUGAUUCCAGUUGAAAUCAAGGAAGCAGGUGGUACUAUCACAAGUAACAAUCUGGAGGAAGCAACUUUUCAGAAGCCUCUGGCCCAGGAGUCCUGCUGCAAGUUCCCAACAUCGCAAGAAGCAGAGGAGGCCUCUGGCUGCUCGCAUAAGAAAGACUCUAACCCAAUGGUGAUAUGUCAGUUGAAAGGGGGAACACAAAUGCUGUGUAUAGACAAUUGUGGCACAAGAAAACUAAAAGCACUUCAUUUGGUUCCUCAGUAUCAAGACCAAAAUAAUUAUCUACAGUCAGAUGUCCCUAAACCUAUGGCUACUUUAGUAGGAAGAUUUUUGCCAGUACCAGCAAAUUUAAAUCUCAUUACACAGCAACUUGAUAAUGGAGCCUUACCAUCCGUAGUCAACGGGUCUGCUUUCCCUUUGGGAUCAACUCUUCCAGGACCACCAAAAAUAACUUUGGCUAGAGUAACUGUUAGUUCAUGGGACACAAAGUCUAAAAAGCCAUGUAACUGUACCAAAUCCCAGUGUCUGAAAUUGUACUGUGAUUGCUUUGCAAGCGGGGACUUUUGCAACAACUGCAAUUGUAAUAAUUGUUGCAACAAUUUACAUCAUGAAAUCCAACGGUUUAAGGCCAUUAAGGCAUGUCUUGAUAGAAAUCCGGAAGCUUUCCAACCAAAAAUUGGAAAAGGAAAACUGGGAGACGUUAAGCCUCGACACAACAAAGGAUGUAACUGCAGGAGGUCAGGCUGCCUUAAGAAUUACUGUGAAUGCUAUGAGGCCAAAAUGAUGUGUUCUUCUAUUUGCAAAUGCAUCGGUUGCCAAAAUUAUGAAGAAAGCCCAGGACAGAAAACACUAAUGAACAUGCCAAACUAUAUGGAAAUUGGAGGUUUUGAAGGCGGCCAUCAUUUGUCAACAACUAAAUUUUCAGGACUACCAAAAUUCAGAAAAGAUAGGCAGUCAUCCUCAUGCAUCUCCUGGGAGGUGGUGGAAGCCACGUGCGCCUGCCUGCUGGCUCAGGGCGAAGAGGCCGAGAAGGAGCGCUGCUCUGAGUGCUUGGCAGAGCAGAUGAUCUUAGAGGAAUUCGGGAGAUGCUUGUCGCAGAUUCUCUAUAUUGAGUUUAAAUCCAAAGGGUUGAAAACAGAGUCAAGUACAACAUGGUGA